GAGAGUCUCCGAGGCACGCGGGCGGUAGAAGCGGGGUUCCUGCGCACGCCUGGGAUCCCGGGCUGUGCUUUCCGCCUGGUUUCCUCUUGUUGGGAAGGUUUCUGAGCCGCCCGGUCAGUCCGCCAGCAGACAAAGGAUUUAAGCGAGACCCCGGAUUAAAGUCCCUUGUUUUCCUCCUUUAAGCGCGCCUUCGGCACCUCAUCCCAUGGCAGUUCCCGAGACCCGCCCCAACCACACCAUUUAUAUCAACAACCUCAAUGAGAAGAUCAAGAAAGAUGAGCUGAAGAAGUCGCUCUACGCCAUCUUCUCCCAGUUUGGCCAGAUCCUGGACAUCCUGGUGUCGCGGAGCCUGAAGAUGAGGGGCCAGGCGUUUGUCAUCUUCAAGGAGGUCAGCAGUGCCACCAAUGCCCUGCGCUCCAUGCAAGGCUUCCCCUUCUACGACAAGCCCAUGCGCAUCCAGUAUGCCAAGACCGACUCGGACAUCAUUGCCAAGAUGAAGGGCACCUUCGUGGAGCGGGACCGCAAGCGGGAGAAAAGGAAGCCCAAGAGCCAGGAGACCCCGUCUGCCAAGAAGGCUGCACAGGGUGGGGCAGCGGCCCCUGUGGUAGGCACCGUGCAGGGGCCUGUUCCGGGCAUGCCGCCGAUGACGCAGGCACCUCGGAUCAUGCACCACAUGCCAGGCCAGCCCCCCUACAUGCCACCCCCUGGCAUGAUCCCGCCGCCAGGCCUUGCGCCUGGCCAGCUCCCGCCGGGGGCCAUGCCCCCUCAGCAGCUCAUGCCAGGACAGAUGCCGCCCGCCCAGCCUCUGUCGGAGAAUCCUCCAAAUCACAUCUUGUUCCUCACCAACCUGCCUGAGGAGACCAACGAGCUCAUGCUGUCCAUGCUGUUCAACCAGUUCCCUGGCUUCAAGGAGGUCCGGCUGGUGCCCGGGCGGCACGACAUCGCCUUCGUGGAGUUUGACAAUGAGGUGCAGGCCGGGGCUGCCCGUGAUGCCCUGCAGGGCUUUAAGAUUACCCAGAACAAUGCCAUGAAGAUUUCUUUUGCUAAGAAGUAGCGCCUUGUCCCCAUGCCUGUCCCCGCCCCCUACUCUGGGGCCACCCCUUCCCUCUUGGCUCGGCCCCCCAGAAGGUAAGUCCCCCUCGGGGGCCUUCUCUGAGCCGUGUGUGAGUGAGUGGUCGCCACACAGCAUUGUACCCAGAGUCUGUCCCCAGACAUUGCACCUGGCGCUGUUAGGCUGAAAUUAAAGUGGUUUUCUUUUUCUUU